ACACCGUAUCGACACAAGCUGCCGCUAUUCAACGCGUUUUCUCGCCAAAGGGGAUCGGGUGUUCCCUGCACGCCCCUGCGUCUUCCUCCUCGCGCGCUCUCCUCUUCUCUAGGGCGCCAAAUCCCCAUGGCUGCUAAUCUUCCCGCGUAGUUUAUGCGCCAAAUCACCCUCUUAUUCCCGCGGUAGACCCAAGCCAAGUUUGCCCCUAAUCCAUAAAUCCACCGCUUGUCGCUCAGUCUUCCUGAAACUCAUCCCUAAUCCUCAUAUCUCCUCAAACCUCAAGUGAUGAGCCAUAGAUCCAAGCGGGAGAUUGCUCCUCCAACGCCUCAAGCUUUGCCUCCCGGCGUUCCUUGGUGGGGUGGUGUAGUGAAGCCCGGCGUCGCCUUCCCUUUGUCUGGUGAAGCCAUGGCUGUUCCAAGUUGGUGGACAGCACCUCCACUGCAGAUUAAUUCAUUUGUUUCCCCAUAUGGAGCUUGGAUGGGUGCCGUACCAACACCACCAGAUGGCCAAGGCAGUCAAAAUACAUCCAACGAUCCAUUAGAGCGGACAUAAGGAUGGAGUACAAGGAGGGGGUGCUCCUCCAGUUCGUCGAGAAGGGCUAUGUUCUUUCCCUCGUUUUCCGCAUGCACGAUUUUCAAACUGCUAGACGCGGAACGAGCAGAUUUAUAAGUGAGAACCCUCUUGCUGCCAAUGAUAGCCUUCCGGUUCGUCUCCUUGGUGCUGUGAAUCUGCACCACGCUCCCCGUCGCGCUCCAGCUUCCCUCUUCCACCCCAUCCACCACCACCUUCCUGUUCGGCUCGUCCUUCUUCUUCGUCUUCGACGGCUCCCUCACCAUGAAAAAGUACCACCUGUCUUCCCCAUAGCCCUUGUAUUUCUCUAAUGCAUUCAUAUUGUGUUAUCACAAACCAAUUUGGUUCAUAGACAUACAUAAUUAAACCUUUUUUUUCAUGGAUAAUCAAGCGAUCAAUUAGCUAAAAAGAAGAUUAAAUUACCAAUCAGCUUUUGGGGAUCAUAACGCAUGAUAUUCUCCUCACUGAUGAAGUGGCGAGGCGGGUCGCGUCCCUCGAUCUUGCCGCGGAGGUAGAAGUCCACGAGCUCCUCGUCCGUUGGUACGAAGUGGUAGCCCGGAGGUAGCUGUAGCUGCGGCACCAGCUCACUCUUCCAGAUCGCACUUCCCUCCGCCGCUGCCGCCGCCGCCGAUCCAUCGCCGCCGCUGCCGCCGUUUUCUAUUGUCGGGUUCAUAAGUGAAUCGAAUUGGACAGAAAAAGGAAAGUGGGUAUUGCUAUAAUAAAUUAGUAUUUAUAUAUGCUAAAACUAAUUGCAGUUAAUUAGAGAGAGCUGUAAACUUUCUCGGGAAGAAACAGAGAGUUGUAAUGGAAAUAAGGAAUAAUAGUGUUGUUUAGUAAUCCUAGUUUGCUUCGGUUCUGUUCCCAUGAGCGAGUUUUGAGUCCGGAGGGCCUAGUUGGGCCUGGUUUGGUCUGAACCGCGUGGGCCUCAAGCCUCUCUAUCCUGCUGGGCUGGGUGAAACGGCCCAGUAGUAAUUAUUCCUCCCGGAGGAGAAGCCCAAUAACAAGACGAUUCCAGAAGGCCCGAGAGCCUCAAGUAGCCCACCUCGCCGCACGCAACGCAACGCAACGGCACAAGCACAACACCACUUCGAGUGUGUUUGUCGUCUCGCCUCUGCUGCUUCCUUCUCCUACAAGCCGCCGCUCCGACCUCGCCGUCGCCGGUCGCCGGCCGCCUCCGCCUACAGGUGCGGGGGGUCUGUGUGAGCAGAUGGCGCCGUCCAAGCAGUACGACGAAGGCGGGCAGCUCCAGCUCAUGGAUGCAGAGAGGAUCGAGGAGGAGGAGGAGUGCUUCGAGUCCAUCGACAAGUUAAUCUCGCAAGGGAUAAACUCUGGAGAUGUGAAGAAGCUGCAGGAUGCUGGUAUCUACACUUGCAAUGGCCUCAUGAUGCAUACAAAGAAGAGCCUGACAGGAAUCAAGGGAUUAUCUGAAGCAAAGGUAGACAAGAUCUGUGAAGCAGCUGAAAAGCUUCUGAGCCAGGGCUUCAUGACAGGAAGUGAUCUCCUUAUCAAGCGGAAGUCUGUUGUUCGGAUCACCACUGGGAGCCAGGCACUUGAUGAGCUGCUUGGCGGAGGGAUUGAAACACUCUGCAUCACAGAGGCAUUUGGAGAGUUCCGAUCAGGGAAGACCCAGUUGGCUCACACUCUAUGUGUCUCCACUCAGCUUCCAAUUCACAUGCAUGGGGGGAACGGGAAGGUUGCUUACAUUGACACUGAGGGAACAUUCCGGCCUGAACGAAUUGUGCCAAUUGCUGAGAGAUUUGGGAUGGAUGCCAAUGCUGUUCUUGAUAACCAAAAAUUGGCACAGAUGCUCUCCCGCCUUACUAAGAUAGCUGAGGAGUUCAAUGUUGCAGUGUACAUCACCAACCAAGUGAUUGCGGACCCAGGUGGUGGAAUGUUCAUAACUGACCCGAAGAAACCUGCGGGAGGCCACGUUCUGGCGCAUGCAGCCACCAUCCGGUUGAUGCUGAGGAAAGGCAAAGGAGAGCAGCGUGUCUGCAAGAUCUUUGAUGCCCCUAACCUGCCUGAGGGAGAAGCUGUUUUCCAGGUAACAUCAGGUGGAAUAAUGGAUGCGAAAGACUGAAUGUUCACUGAGGGUGCUUCCUGUGUUCAAAUUGUUCAGGUUUCUCCAAGUAAAUUUCUGCAUAGGCCAUAUAGGUUAGGUACAUUGAUAAAAGAAUACAACUACUGCUGCUGCUAUGUUUUUGCCACUGCUGAGGAAAGAGGCAACCUCAUUUAUCAAGACGGUUAUAUCUCACAUUGGGUAUUAUGAGUUAUGUGAUCAACAGUUGUACUGAAACAAGUGCUAGUAUUGUCUUAAGUGAAAAUAUAAGAGGUUAACAUGUUGGUUUCCCCA